AUGCAGCCGGCCAAGCAGACUGAAGAUGCCCUCGGACCUUUGCAGAGGCCAGGGCGCCUGCCUUGGCCCUUGGGCUGGCCCACGAAAGCUGUGGCGAACUUGGAGGCAGGCGCCGCUCACGGUGCCGCCUACGCCCUGUUGCAGCAGCUCAGGGUGGCCAGGAUUCCGAUUCCCCUCUUCCAUUACGUGCAGGCCAUAAGGUGGUGGUCUGGCGCUUGGGGCGAAGCUUUAGCGAUCUUCCAGAUGGUGCAGAGGGGUCGAUUCCGGAAUGCCUCAGUUGCCUUCAACGCGACCAUGGCCACCUGUGUCAAGGGAUCACAAUGGCAACGCAGCUUAGCACUCUUCCAGGAGAUGCAGGAGAAACAGAUCUCCUUCACCGCUCGCAGCUUCAGCUCUGCCAUUUCCGCUUGUGCAAAGGCGUCCUUGUGGCAAAGAUCCUUGGACCUUCUGAAGGAAAUGUGGCAGAUGACCUUGUCAAGGAACACCAUCACCUUCAAUGCAGCUGUGAGCAGCUGCUCAAUGGGUGCACCAGCAAAGAUUUGA